GUCCGCCCACCUUGUGAGGUAGCAGCGGUAGCCAGCGGCAGAGGAGGGACCCGGAGGAAGCCUCUCCAGCAGAGAUGGGCAGCAGCUCCCUUUGGGACUUGGUUCAGCACCAGAGGCUCCUCCUCAUGAUGCUCGUCCUAGGAAUUGGUGGCUCCCUCCAGGCUGGCUUUCAAGGGUCUAUGAUCACCUACACCUCUGUGCAUGUGAAAACGUUCAUCAAUGAGAGCUGGCUGGAGCGGUUUGGCAUGCCCAUCCACCCCGAAAGCCUCACAUUGUUCUGGGCCUCGAUUGUGUCCAUCUUUUCCUUAGGGGGCCUCCUGGGCACUACGGCCAGCGGGUACAUGACAACAAAGUUCGGGAAAAAGAAAUGCCUCUUGGGCGCCAACCUCAUCAUGCUGUCAGGGGCCAUCAUUAUGGGCAUCAGCAAGGUGGCCGACUCCUUUGAGAUGAUCCUGGCAGGUCGCUUCCUGUGUGGCAUCAGCACUGGUUUCUGUGUCCUUCUCCACCCUCAGUAUGUCGGGGAAAUUUCCCCCAAGAAGCUCCGUGGAUUUGCAAAUUCAACUGCCUCCAUCUUCUGGAGCCUGGGGAAAGUCCUGGGUCAGGUGAUGGGGCAAAGAGAGUUCCUAGGAAACGCUUCGCUGUGGCCGCUGCUGCUGGCCUCCCAUGGCGUGACUGCCUUGCUCCAGCUGCUGACUCUGCCCUUCUUCCCUGAGUCCCCGCCUCACCUGUUCCUGAACAAAGGGGAUGAGGAAGGAUGCCUGAAAGCCAUGAAGACCCUCUGGGGACGAGGGCCUCACCAGGUGGAGCUGGACGACCUGAGGAAACAGCAGUCUGCCUUGUGGAGCACCAAGAGUGUCUUGGAAGUGAUGAAGGAUCCGGCCCUGCGCCGGCAGCUGUAUGUCCUUUUCCUGUUGGCUGUGACUCUACAGCUGACCGGCAUCCACACAAUUUACAGUUACACGUUUGAAGUCCUGCAGACAGUUGGUUUCGACAACGACCACAUCCCGGCCUUGUCUUUGGGGAUCAGCCUCAGCGAGCUCCUCUCUGCCGUCUUCUGUAGUGUCAUCAUUGAGCGUUUCGGAAGAAGGGUACUGCUCUGGGGAGGUUAUGGGCUGAUGGCCACAGUGCUGGUUGGCGUCACACUGACCAUCUCCCUGCAGCAUUCCUUCUCCUGGAUGCCCUACUGCAGCCUUGCGCUGAUAUUCUGCUUUGUGAUCUGUUUUGGAGCCGGCCCAGCCGGGGCUGGGGCGUCUGUGAGGAUGGAGAUUUUUGACCAGUCCUCCAGGUCGUCGUCCUACGUGAUCAGCGGAGUCUUAAACUGGAUCGGAUUCUUCGUGAUAGGAAUGGUGUUCCCAUUUGUUGUGGAACGCAUUCAUCAGUUCAGCUUCCUCAUCUUCAUGGGCACUCUCUACGUUUCCGCAGUCGUAAUUUACUUCAUCCUGCCGGAGACCAAGGGGAAAUCGAUCCUCGAAAUCCGAGAAGAGUUUGAUAAACUCAAUUUUAAGAAGAAGAAGCAGCCCCUCGGGUCAGAAACAAGCUUCGCAGGAGACCCUGUGCUCUGCACCAAGCUAUGACGGAGCUCUCAGGGAUAAGGAGGUCAGAAGAACUCUGCAAGUGAAUCAGGCCCACUUAGCCCCAGCUUCCUGCUCCUAGUCUAGAUGCCCGCAACCAGGCCCUGAGUCCAUCCGCCUUGCCUGCUGGUGCUCCCCAGCCACUGGCUUUCCCUUCAGAGGCAAACUGCCCUUGUGCCUGCUUAGAAGCGAAGCCUCAAAAAGGUGUGGGGAGAGAUUCAUAAUUAUGAACAGUAGCGGAACAAAACCCGAUCACUGACACCAGUGAGACGGACAGUCAUGACAGGCGGAGCCUUGCCAGGAAUGGCCCCUAGGUUAGGAGUCUGCUCCUGCCAGGGACGGCUGCCACCGCCUC